AUGUCAGUCAACUUCGCUAAUGGCGAAAAACCGGUCGUGAAAAUCGUCCAAAAAGAGGGAGAUGAGGUCAGCACGUCUAUCGAAGAUGCUCCGCUUACUGGAAGUGUGGAUGUGGAUCGAUUUGUAACAAAUGUACUUGGCGACUUGAAUCGACAUAUACUUUCGUUCCGCACUCCCUUCAACCCCAAUCCAGCUGACGAUUUUAUCCCUUCUCCUGAUAUGAUGAUGGGACCAGGACCGCACAUGAUGGCGAUGCAUGAUCGAAUGAAUGCAAUGAUGGAUGCUUUUUCGAGACAAUUCUUCGAUGGUAUUCGUCGUCAGAUGCACCGACAACACCAUUCUGCUAUGAACAGACCUAGCGGUCAUGAUGGCUAUGCUCAUAUGGGUUAG